AUGGAUCCAGAACUCUACCGAGCGGCUGAGGAAGGAAACUUGGACUACCUUCAAAACUUGGAACAACCUUCACAUCUUCACGAACAACUAACCCCAUGUAAAGAAACUACACUUCACGUGGCCACAGAAAACCAUAAAACGGAGUUCAUAGAAAGAGCCUUGGAGCUCUGCCCGCCGCUGCUGAUCCUAGCAAACUCCUCGGGCAACACGGCUAUGCACAUCGCAGCGGGAGAGGGUAACAAAGAAUUGGUCGACCUUUUUAUGAAAAGAAGCUCCGACAUCGAAUCUGGAGAGCACAAGGACCACGUGAUCACGAGAAUGGUGAAUUGCAAGAAGGAUACGGCCUUGCACUAUGCUGCGAGGAUUGGAAGUUAUGAAUGCGCGAAAAUGCUGGCGGAAGCUGAUCCUGACGUUUGUAGCUUUGUGAAUAAUGAUGAUGAAUCGCCAAUUUAUCUCCUUGUUGCAUCAGGAUGUUGGUCUAAAGAUAAAAUUAUCGUAACGGAUGAACUUGCUUCAUCUUUCACAGCCGCAGCUUAUCAAGGACCAGUGGGUCUAACCGCAUUGCAUGCUUCAGUACUGUUCAGAUUAGAUGGUGGUUAUAAACCUGGGGAGAUUGAAAAGCUGGUGAAAUGGAGGAAAGAAAUGAUAACAAAAGGAGACGAUUUAGGAAUGACUCCUCUCCACUAUGGUGCAUUUUAUGGAAGAAUUGAUGUAGUUGAGAGUUUUGUUAGAUGUUGUAGUGACGCAAUUAUUCACCUCACGAACGAGAAAGGCGAAACUGCUCUACAUCUUGCUGCUUAUAAUGGCUGUGUCAAUGUAUUACAACAACUUGUACUUCUUCGUCAUGAUUGCUAUAAUAUGGUAGACGAAAUGGGUAGAACAGCUCUUCAUGCUGCGGUUUUAGGCAAACAAAAAGAAGCCGUCGAGUUUAUAUUGAAAACACCAAGGCUGGAAAGGUUGAUCAACAAGUCAGAUAAAGAUGGUAACACACCUUUGCAUCUGGCUGCCCAAUUCAAGUUUGUUCAUAUCAUUCAAAUCAUUGUUAGCAAGAAAAAUGUUCGUUUCAAUAUUGUCAACAACCAACUGUUGACGCCAUUACAACUUUACUCUAAGCACAAGCCGGAAUCCAUUGAAGAACUUUAUUUAACUUCAUACUUGGCUAAGAAAGAAAGAAGUGUAAUGGUACCAUAUGAUCGUGCCAAUGCACUACUGAGGAAAGAAGUUAAAACAAAUGACAAGAAGAAGAUCACGAAACCAACAAACAACAAUAACCAAAACGACUUAGAGAAUGAAAUGAAAGGGGAACUAGAAGUAAACCUACUCGUGGCAGUGUUGGUGGCAACGAUGACAUUUGCAGCCGGAUUCACAUUGCCUGGAGGGUUGGUGGGUAAUGGAGGAGAAGAUGAAGGGCUAGCGAUUUUGACCAACAAACCAACAUUCAAGGCCUUCCUAGUUUUCAACUCCAUAGCAUUUUGUAGCUCCAUUUUCGUAGUGGGGUUUCACUUCAUCAACUCAACCGUACAUAAUGAUUUUACUCGAUUAGCUUACAAAGCUACUGUCAAACCCUUCACCGGAUUUUCUAUUCUAGCCAUGACCUUGGGAUUUGGCUUUGGCAAUUUCGUUAUGCUCACAAAUCAACUAUACUCGCUACGGUUCCCUUCAUUUUAUCGGCUUGUUUUAUGUCUACUUUAUUCUUGCAUAUACGUCCAUCACUUUUCCUAA